ACAGUUUCGAUACCUCAGGAGUGCUCAUUAUAUGUUGUGGAUAUAGAAAUAGAUAAGAUGUUUACGAUUUAUAAAUUCUCAACUAGAAUUUGAAAAUUAUAACAGCUUGUACUGAGUGAGGACAUUAAAACAACUCGAAAUGGCGUCUUCUUUAUGCAAAACCACAGUGGUACGCAUUUAUCAAGAUGUUAUUGAAGACGUUAUCGCUGGGGUACGUGAGUUGUUUUUGGAAGAUGGUGUUGAUGAACAUAUUCUUCAGGAAUUAAAACAAACCUGGGAGGCAAAACUAAUGGCAAGUAAGGCUGUUGAAAAUCAUCAGAAUGAAGAUAAAUCAGGUGUUAAAUUACCUGGUGAUGCUGCAAAUGGUACAAAUGGCUUCCCAAAGCCCCAGCAACAAACCCAAGUACUGAAACAAGUUGUGGGGCAAGUGCCUCCAAAUAAUCACAUGCAAACUGCAAUACCACAAGUUAUUGAUAAUAAAAUGGUUCCCAUUCAAAUAACAUUACCUGUUCAAGCUGGUUCAGACGCAGGUCGAAUUUUGACAAUACAAGUUCCUGCAGCUGCACUUCAAAACAAUCAGCUUCAAAAAAUAUUAACUGGACCUGUCUUAACAGCUACAAUGAAUUUACCUCAACCAUUAGCAUCUACAUUACUUCAGCAACAUGUUAAUGCAGCUUUCAGCAGUCAGCAGCAAUCAAUGAAUAUUGGUAGUGUGGUUAAUAAAUCUGUGAUACAAACUGAUGGAGCAAGUAAUUCUGACGAAGAAGAAUCUACUUUGCCCAGCUGUAGCUCAGAACCAACAAGAAUGUGUACAAGAAUUCCUAAUGCUGCUCAAUUAGAUGGUCCUGCUGAUACAUCUGAUGAUGAUGAAGAUGGAUCUGAUGAAGAAGAUGCUUCAGAAGAUGUUGAUGAGGACAGAGAUGAAGAAGAUCAAGACUUGGAUGAAGGAGGGCCAGAAGAAGAACCACUUAACUCAGAAGAUGAUGUUACCGAUGAAGAUCCUUCAGAUCUCUUUGACACUGAGAAUGUUGUUGUGUGUCAAUAUGACAAGAUAACUAGAAGUCGAAAUAAAUGGAAGUUCCAUUUGAAAGACGGAAUAAUGAAUCUAAACGGCGAAGAUUACGUUUUUCAAAAAGCAAACGGUGAUGCCGAAUGGUAGCUCUAUUUCAUUUAAUAAAUAAAAUAUGUUGUAAUUUUAUAAAUACAGUUAAGGUACAACUAGCUAAUUUAUGUUGUUCCUUUUAAUUUGCAGUAGUGAUUUCUAUGCUUCAGUUAAUUAUUAAUGUGGAAGAUUGUGUUUUAUAGUAAAACCGAUUUAAAUUGUU